GACGCGGCGGGGCGCCCAACGCGGGUUACUGGGUCCCACCUGAUCCUCAUGAACCACCAGGAGAGGGCCCCAGUCCCCUCCCCCGCCGGGUCCUCCACCCCGGUCCGGGCUUCUGUCCCAUCUCGGAGCCCAACUCUGGUCCGGACUUUGACUCCAGUCCGGGCCUCGACCCGCGCCCGGGACCCGGCUCCAGUGCAAACUGCGACCCUUGUUCAGGCCUCGACUCCCACCCGGACCCCUACCCCAGUGAGACCUUUGACUCCUGUUCGUGCCCCGACGCCUGUCAGGACCCCGACCCCUGUCUGGACCCCGACACCCGUCCGGACCCCGACACCCGUCCGGACCCCGACACCUGUCCGGAACCCGACGCCAGUCCGGACCCCGACCUCGGUCCGGACUCCAACUCCGGUGCGAACUUCGACCCCGGUUCGGAUCACGACUCCAGCCCAGACUCCAGUCCAGUUCCCUGCACCAGCCGCAGCCACAGCCUCAGCUCCAGCCCCAGCCUCGGUCACAACCGCUGUCUCCACUGUGGAGUCCUUUCCGAACCUGGUGCCACCUUUGGGUUCACUCUCAGAACCUGCUCCUGGGCCAGCCUUGACUCCUGAGAAGGAUCCUGCGCGAAGCCCACAGCAGGAGAGCCUGGUGGUCGGUACCGUGGCCAGGCCGGACCCGGAGCCCCUUCUCCCCCUCACCCUGCCGGCCGCUGUCAACCAGGGGCUCCCCCUGGGGCUCAUCCUGAGGGCAGAUCCACCGGCCUCCAAACUGACGGGUGACCCCUCGCCCGUGCCCAUCAUGCCAUUUCUUCCCGUUUCUACCGCUGCACUUGCCUCCACCAGCGAGAACUUGGCGGACAAUAGAAUCUUGAUUCGAGUGACAUACUGUGGUCUCUGAAGCUAUAACCUUCGGUACAUUCUACUGAAAAAGAGUCUGGAGCAGCAGUUUCCAAACCUCCUGUACUUUGAGGAGGAAAGAGCAGCCCAGGCUACGGGCGAGUUUGAAGUGUUCGUGGAGGGGAAACUGGUGCAUUCCAAGAAGCAAGGCGAUGGCUUUGUGGAUGAGGGCAGGCUGCAGGCGAUUGUGGAUGCUAUCAAGGAGGAGAUCAAAAGAAGGUAGCAGGCGGUGGUGGGGCUGAGGAGAGCCUGCCAGGAGCCACAGCAGGAUGAGGAGAAGGGCUGAAAUGUUGCUGACCCUGGUCCUUCUCUGAUGGUGGCUGGG